UCGCUUCUCUCUGCCCGGGACAAGGGGGGGACAGACCCGAAGGGGAGGCGAAGCGGAGCAGCGGCGCCGCGCCGCCCCGCACCGGGAGGACCGCCUCAGUGCCCCCGCCCGGCGGCCGCAGGUCAUCGGCCAUCAAUUUGAUAUCUUUAAAUUAAGGCAUAUGCUUCAUUGAGUCUGGAAAGAAGAGUUAGUAGCCAGAAAUUGAAGGUCUGUAUUAGUAUGCUGAGAACGAAGAGAAAGUCAGUAGCAACAUAAAUGAAUUGAGAGGAAUGGCCAAGGCAGUCUGUGAUCUCCUUGUCAAAGCAUACUGAAGUAGCUGCUCGGGACCAUUCUUCACUGGCCAAAGUCCAAGAACUGAAGUCACACAUUGGGUGUUUCUGAAGGAAGAAGAGGACCUGAAGCCAAGAAGACAGCUUGGGAGGCCAUUGCCCGGUCCAGGUGCAAGAGACAUUCUGGUUAUGUUAGAACUUCACACAAGUCCUGCCCUGUCCUUGUUCUGUGAGCAACUUCCAUUUGAAAAAUUCCUGUGAGUGCUUCCUUUUAACAAGUUCUCAGAAAGCAGAGAGAGCCCUGUCUUCUGAUGUGCCACCAUUUUUAAGAGCCUGAUGAUCUCCUUGUGGACCCUGCACAUACUCCAGGUGCAUAUAAUGCAAUAGUAGAAGAGCGUGGAGUUGAAAGUGUCAAAGAGCGGCCCAAGGAACUCACACAAAUGAUGGCUGCAGCAGCUGAUGGUUUGGGGAGUAUAGCAAUAGAUACAACACAGCUGAACAUGUCCGUCACCGAUCCAACAGCCUGGGCAACUGCCAUGAAUAACUUGGGGAUGGUACCAGUAGGCCUGGCAGGGCAGCAGCUUGUAUCUGAUUCAAUCUGCGUGCCAGGCUUUGAUCCCAGCCUCAACAUGAUGACGGGAAUCACUCCAAUUAACCCAAUGAUACCAGGCAUGGGCUUAGUGCCACCACCACCGCCCACAGACAUGUCUGUAGUCAAAGAAAUCAUUCACUGUAAAAGUUGUACACUCUUCCCUCCAAACCCAAAUCUUCCACCACCUUCCACAAGAGAAAGACCUCCUGGGUGCAAGACAGUGUUUGUGGGAGGAUUACCCGAAAAUGCUACCGAGGAAAUUAUUCAAGAAGUCUUUGAGCAGUGUGGCGAUAUCACAGCCAUUCGGAAAAGCAAGAAGAAUUUCUGUCAUAUUCGUUUUGCAGAAGAGUUCAUGGUUGAUAAAGCCAUUUACCUUUCUGGUUACCGCAUGAGAUUGGGCUCCAGCACUGACAAAAAGGACUCUGGUCGCCUUCAUGUGGAUUUUGCUCAGGCCAGGGAUGACUUUUAUGAAUGGGAAUGCAAACAGAGGAUGCUGGCCAGGGAAGAAAGGCACAGACGAAAACUGGAAGAAGACAGGCUUCGUCCUCCCUCUCCUCCAGCAAUAAUGCAUUAUUCAGAACAUGAAGCCACCUUACUGGCUGAAAAACUAAAAGAUGACAGCAAGUUCUCUGAAGCCAUUACAGUGCUGCUCACCUGGAUUGAACGAGGGGAGGUAAAUCGGCGAUCUGCCAACCAGUUCUACUCCAUGGUCCAGUCGGCCAAUAGUCACGUCCGCCGGCUGAUGAAUGAAAAAGCCAACCAUGAGCAAGAGAUGGAGCAAGCAAAGGAGAACUUCAAAGAUGCCUUAACUGGAAUUCUCACUCAAUUUGAGCAGAUUGUGGCCGUUUUCAACGCUUCUGCCAGACAAAAAGCUUGGGACCAUUUCUCGAAAGCUCAGCGCAAGAACAUAGACAUUUGGCGAAAGCACUCUGAGGAGCUCCGGAAUGCUCACAGUGAACAACUCAUGGGGAUCCGGCGGGAGGAGGAGAUGGAAAUGUCUGAUGAUGAAAGUACUGACGCCCCUAAUAAAAAAAUGAGAGUAGAUGAAUCAGCCCUGGCUGCUCAGGCCUAUGCCCUCAAGGAAGAGAAUGACAGCCUCCGGUGGCAGCUGGACGCCUACAGGAACGAGGUAGAGCUGCUGAAGCAAGAGAAAGGGCAGCUCUUCCGCACAGAAGAAAACCUCACCAAGGACCAGCAGCUGCAGUUUCUUCAACAGACGAUGCAAGGCAUGCAGCAGCAAUUAUUGACCAUCCAAGAAGAGCUGAAAAACAAAAAGUCUGAACUGGAGCAAGCAAAGGAAGAACAAAGUCACACGCAGGCAUUAUUGAAAGUUCUACAAGAACAAUUAAAAAGUGCCAAGGAAUUAGCCGAGACCAAUGGCCACAGCCACGAAGAUGCAAAUGAAAUCAAUGUGCUGACUGUGGCAUUAGUCAACCAAGACCGAGAGAAUAAUACCGAGAAACGGACUCAAGGCUUAAAGUCGGAGAAGGAGGCACUGCUUAUCGGUAUCAUAUCAACAUUUCUUCACGUCCAUCCUUUCGGAGCCAAUAUAGAAUAUCUUUGGUCAUACAUGCAGCAGCUGGAUUCAAAGAUAUCGGCAAAUGAAAUCGAAAUGCUCUUGAUGAGGCUGCCUCGCAUGUUUAAGCAGGAGUUCACAGGAGUUGGAGCAACGCUGGAGAAAAGGUGGAAGUUUUGUGCCUUUGAAGGAAUUAAAACCACCUGACUGUGAACAGCAAACACCCUCUUCUUGAGAAGCAACCUUUGUACCACGUGGGAAGGGAAAAGAAGGGAAUCUGAACGUUGAGAUCUUUGCAGUUGGCACAUGACGUUACAUUCGCAGAGCCAUCAAGGCCUAAUUUUAGUUCCAUCCGUGGCGUUCUCUUGUGAGUGGAAAUGUAAUUGUGCACCAGUUCCUUAAAAAUAAAUUUUUUUAAAAAGUU